CCGGAGGAUAAUCAUUCAUUUUGGAAUUGUACUUAUUCAUAUAGCAUCUCGUGACAUCGAACUCGCGACAUCUUGGAUUGAUACUUUUGUUGAAAAAGAUCAAAUUGACCUCUUCCAAAAAUGCAGUCCCAAGCCCUUUGCGUCGUUUUGUUGGCGUUUACCGUAGUCUUUGCAGGGAAUGUGGACUAUGAUAGAUGCGGUGGCGUCGGCACUUUUAGAGGAUUACGAAUUAGCGACUGUUCCGGUGCCGUAUGUGAAAUGAUUCCUGGACGACCCUACAAUUGCGAGGGCGACUUAUUGCCAAGUUCCCCAGCUGCCUCCCUUUCUUUGAAAGUAACCACAGUCUACUUAACCACAGUGAUCACCAUUAUUGACACCGUUUUGGAGAACAGCUCUGUUCAGCCAGGUUACCUCUACACCGUCAAGUUCACGAUUGUGCCAAAUGAUGUCUUGGUCGGCAACCAUCUUUUAACUCAAGCCUCCCUGUACCACACCACGGUCAAUCCCAACCCGCUUAUCGAAUUCUGCGCAGCUUUCCAUGUUAGAAUUAUUGAAGGAUAAAAUUUCAAUUUUCAUGUUAAAAAUGCAUAAACAUUUCUAACACAAUAAACUAAUUGCUGCAGAUGACUAAAUACA